GCAUUAGCAUUUGCCCCGAGGCAGGGGGUUGGAGCAGCGCGUUGUAGAAGCCUUUAGCAUCCCGGCGCCUCGGAGGUCUACUCCGGAAUCUACUUGGCUUUCUUUCCCCUCCUUAGUCCCUCCCUCUCUCACCUCCACGCCUGGCUUCCUUGGCUAGCUUGCCCUGCGCACUUUGCCCUUUGCUGGCAGCGGAUAAAAGGGGUCUGAGGAAAGACCAAACACCGUCAUCCUAUCGCCUGCUCUCCCCUUUAAAUUGCCAGCCCGGGAAGAUCUGCGCACAACCAGGUCGGGCUGAACACCCAUCCCGCGGAACAGGAGCGCAGGUUUCCAACCCCAGCUCGGCCAAUCGCCCGCACCAGCGGGCUCCGGAACCGAAGUCCACGCUCGGUCUCGGCGCUGGGACAGUGAGGCCAGCAGCCGGCAGCCACGAUGCCUGCCCACAUGCUCCAAGAGAUCUCCCCCUCCUACACGACCACCACCACCAUCACAGCGCCUCCCUCCGGAAGCCUGCAGAAUGGACGGGAGAAGCAGAAGACGGUGCCCCUCUACCUGGAAGAAGACAUCCGCCCUGAAAUGAAAGAAGAUAUAUACGACCCCAGCUACCAGGAUGAGGAGGGGGCCCCGCCCAAGCUGGAGUACGUCUGGAGAAACAUCAUCCUCAUGGCCCUGCUGCACUUGGGGGCCCUGUAUGGGCUGUGCUAGAUCUACACCUGCCUCUUCGGGAUUAUGUACUAUGUCAUCAGUGCCUUGGGCAUCACCGCCGGGGCGCACCGCCUGUGGAGCCACCGAACUUACAAGGCUCGGCUGCCCCUGAGGGUCUUCCUCAUCAUUGCCAACACCAUGGCUUUUCAGAAUGACGUGUAUGAAUGGGCCCGAGACCACCGCGCGCACCACAAAUUCUCAGAAACACACGCUGACCCUCACAAUUCCCGCCGUGGCUUUUUCUGCGCGCGCGUGGGCUGGCUGCUUGUGCGCAAACACCCGGCUGUCAAAGAGAAGGGCGGAAAACUGGACAUGUCUGACCUAAAAGCCGAGAAGCUGGUCAUGUUCCAGAGGAGGUACUACAAGUCCGGUCUCCUAUUGAUGUGUUUCAUCCUGCCCACACUGGUGCCCUGGUAUUGCUGGGGUGAAACUUUCCUGAACAGCUUGUUUGUUAGCACCUUCUUGCGAUACACUUUGGUGCUCAAUGCCACCUGGCUGGUGAACAGCGCCGCCCACCUCUAUGGAUAUCGUCCGUACGACAAGAACAUUGAAUCUCGAGAGAAUAUCCUGGUUUCCCUAGGUGCAGUGGGCGAGGGCUUCCACAACUACCACCACGCCUUCCCCUAUGACUACUCGGCCAGUGAGUACCGCUGGCACAUCAACUUCACCACGUUCUUCAUCGACUGCAUGGCUGCCCUGGGCCUGGCUUAUGACCGGAAGAGAGUGUCUAAGGCUGCUGUCUUGGCCAGGAUUAAAAGAACUGGAGACGGGAGCCGUAAGAGUAGCUGAGUCUGGGGCUCCUGAGUUCCUGUUCUAAAAGCUAUCUGGGCAGAGAUUUAAUAUUCUGUUAACUGCAGGAUAAUGCUACCAGGAUGCUAAUGAUGCAUUUAACCUGUUUGGGUACAGUAUUCUUUUAAGAUGAGAAAGCUUUGGUCACAUUUUGAGGUAAUACACAUUUUGAUUAGCUAGGACUAACCAUGCCACAUUAUAUAUACUUCUAAACAUAUAUACAAUAAAUGCACAUAUAAUUUCACGCAUCAAUUUAAAUAGUAGCAAUACAUUUGAACAUUCUAUACAAAGAGUAUUAAAAGCCAACAAACACGCUGUUUGAGGCUGAGGUGAUGAGCACGGUAUCCAUUCCCUGUUUGUACUGCAUCUUGCUUGGUUUCUUCUUUCUCCCGGGCAAACAGCUGGCCAGCCACAGGUCUGUGUCCACCUUCCAAAGCCUAGACGACUUUUCCAGUAGCUGAAAUAUUACUCCUUCCUCCUAGGUACUUCUUUCCUUGUUCUGAGGUCCCAGAGUGCUGCUGCCUCAAACUAGAAAUAUAACAAAUAUAACACAUAUAACACUUCCUGGAAGUGUUCCCUACCUGCCAACAACUUCAUUACAGGCUUUGCUUGAUGGGAUGGGGAAAUUUCCUUGAUUUGAUACAUAGCAAGCAGAUCGUCUGGAGACAAGAGUUGGCAUACGUGGUAUGGCUGGCAAGUAAGACUGGGAGACAAAUAGGAAAAGGUGGCCUUCAGUGGCCUCCUUAGCAAAGACACUGGGCCCCUUUCUACAGCGUGCCUCCUUUCUGUCCAUACUCUGACCCACAGAGCUUAGUGAGACGGGAGUAAUGGAAUCACAUGUCUGAGGGGGAAGGGGAUUGAGCAUGGUCUGGUCUGUGCUGAGAAGGCAGACUGGCUUUUAGCAACAUGAAGAUUUCUUCAUAGAAGUCAUCUUCGUGUGAACUGAUGGCUAAACAGCCUGUGGCGUUUUGAGGAUAUGGCACAAAACUGUGUAGCUAUAAAUAAAUUCUUCACUUGGAACUUGAAAGUAUUUCAUUUUGAAAAAUUGAAGGACAAGAGGAGUUAUCUAGGUUGCCGAUUUCUUUCGUGGCAGGACAGGAAGUGGAAAGCUUGAGGGUCAGCUUCUGUAGGUAGCUGCUAAGAGGUAGAUUUCUAAAUGAAGCCCUUGGGGAGCACACUGCCAGGAAUCCGGAAGUGUUAGCUCCAUCCGUUACUCUAAUUUCGUCCUUCGAUUGAGUAGAGACCGAUUUCUCGUGGUGUUGAACCUUCCCUGCAUUCUUCGCUUUGUGGCCACCCAGCCUACAUCAUGCUGCCCGGGAGGCUACUACCUACCCUGCUUUUGAUUUCUUCUGCCAGUUCUCUGUUCUUUGGCAUUUUCUUCUCUCCCUGGACAGGCAUCGAGUUGCCUGAGUGUAUUCAGAGCACUCUGGACUUGCUGUCUAGGCAUGUUCCUGUCUCACAGAUGCAGCGCUCAUGGGCUCGGAACUGCUGUGUCACUUUAUCGAGCAGAGCCAGGUGCCUCUCUUCUGUGCCCUCUAGAUCCUCUCUCUCUACCUCUACCCCAAGUGCCUCUGCCACCGUGACUUCAGAAAAGCUUGGCAGUCCCUCUAGCAACAUCCUAGGUUCAGAGAUUGUCUGGUUGGUGAGUUAAUAGCUCAGCCGAAUGCUCACAUUGUCUCAGUGAGGCAACUACUGACCAAGAUGGUUCAUUGUUGCCUCUGUGAGUCAGAGUAGACAGCACAUUUGUUUUUCCUUGCACGCUUGGCAAGUGGCUCUGGCUGAUUAAUAUAGGCAGGUGGUGGUACAAAUGCUUGUGAGGUUCCCCAUUUUAUCCCUGUACAAACACCAGAAGCGUGGGCAAUUGCCCAGGAAGAGGCCCUGCUUCCUGAAGCCAGGGUGUGAUGCAAAGUUUGAACUGAAAUGUGGUAGCUCAGGUGACACGAACUAACAAACAUCCCCUAUCACACAGCUGAGGGCAGAUAAUGGUACAGAAAAGCCUAGAAGAAAACAUCACCUCAGUAUUUUGGAACCAUCACUCUCUCCUGUCCCUGUAGCCUGACCCAGAAGCCUGGCUUUGCCGUUAGGACUAGCUGUAUACAAUACCAAAUGCUCUGUUCUCUUAGGAUCAGAUCAGAGUCUUCUGCCUGUGUUUAGUGAACACGAGCUGUUCGUUGAAGCAGAUCUGUAGAUCUGCUGACCUAUAUUCCUCUGACCUAACCCUCUGGAAAUGCCAUUGGGUGGUUUCUCUUUCCCAGGCCAUCAGAUCCCUGAUUUAUAACAUGAACAGAAAAAAAAGAAAAAAAAAAAAGAAAGAAAGAAAGAAAUCAGCCUUCUUUCUCUUCUAAUCUUAUUCCACGGAUCUGAUUCAGGCCAUGUCACAACACAAGGCUACAUAGAGACCUCAAGUUGAGGUCCCAGUGUCUGUGGGUGUUUAGAUAGGGUGUGAUGGAAUGUUUCGGUAAGGGACGCUAUUCUUCAGAUCCUCUCAAAGGUGAAUUUCUAACAGUUCCAACUUAAUGUGCUAACAGCUUUGGGUGCCUUGCCUCUUUCCUAAUCUUUAGUGCAUGUGAGCCCAGCCUCCCUAACCCUAAAACCCUGAAGAUGGAGUGGGUGUGAACAGGAGGCUUCCAGGGAGAUCAUCGACUCAGUGAUUUGCAGAAAUCUUUUACAGGCUUCAUUUGGGAAAAUAUUUCUGUUAAGCGUGAUCAUGGCAGUGGCACUCAGGGGAGUGUUCUCCUUGGGUUGCGAGUCUCUGGGUGUAUUCUCUGAAACUGUAGCUCAGGUGAGCUGGUGUGAAAGGCAAGCAAAGUAAAGCAGCCCAUCUGCUGGUGGCUUAGCUGCUUUAUAACAAACCUGCCCAGAGAGGAGGUCUUUAACGUCUUCGAAUCCUGUGCCAAGCACCUGAUGGUCUCACUUCCCAAACAUCAUGAAGUAAGUGUCCAGCACAUCCCCCAGACUCUGGAGGACACCCUGAAAAUAUCACUCUUGGUCAAGUCCUUCUGAUAAAAUAGGCUAAUACUCACCUACCUCAAGGGGCAGUUUUGAGGUGCCUAGAGCUUUUUUAAUGAAGUAUUUGGGGGUCCUCAGCACAGAUUCUCAUAUAGACUUCUAUAGAAGUAGUGUAUGCCAUGAGCUUCACACAUCCAUAAGUUCUAGACACUAUCUUUAGUCUACAUUGCUCUUCCCAGAAAUUGACAGAACUCACAGGGGAAGUGGAGUAUGACCAGUCAGAAAAAGAAUGCCUAUUCACUGUCAUGAAAACGGUACAGGAAACCUUUUCCUUGCCUGAAUAAGAUGUUCUCCUUUUUAUGUGGGUUAGUUAUUUUAUGUGGGAUAGUUAUUUGUGAUCCAUGCAUAAUUUUGGAUGAUUCCCAUUUAACAUAAACUCUGGAGUCUAAUUGUACUAAUUGAGAUUGUAUUUGUUCCUAAUAAAAGCAGAUCUGGCUGUGCUGUCUGGGA